UAUGCAGGCGUAACCUAAAGGAUUUUCAUACGCUUUUAAACAAUAAAUCAUGAAAGCGUGGCAACCUGUUCCUACUUUGAAUUCAACAAUAAUAUUAUUUGCCACGAUGAGUUUAUUUUUUCUAAUCAUGGGAAUAGUUUUGAUAAGUUAUUCAAAUGACAUUGCAACAUAAGAAUUUUAAUAUGACUCAUAUUGUUCAGCUCAAAAUAGUGAUUGUGUGAUUUAAAUAGCACUUGAUAGCAAUUACAAGUCUCCAGUGUUCUUUUAUUACUAAUUAACUAACUUUUAUUAGAAUCAUAGAAGAUAUGUCAAAUCUAAAUCUCCUUCCUAAUUAUCAGGAACAGAUUUAAGUGAAAGUGAAUUGGAUGAAUGUGAUCCAGUUGUAACUAAUGAUGAAAUGGGAAAAACCUCAAGCGUUACAAAUGAACCUUUAAAAAAAGAAGAAAAGGCCAUACCAUGCGGUCUGAUCGCUAAAAGCUAUUUUAAUGAUACUUUCAAUUUAUUCUAAGUUAUUAACAAUACUAAAACAGAAAUCAAAAUUUCAUCAAACGGAAUUGCUUGGCCUAGCGAUUUAGAUGGGAGAUAUAAAAAUAUAGAUUUGAAUAGAUAGUGGAUUGAUAUGGAGGAUGGUAUUAAACUUAAUUAUCAUUAAAGAAAGAUUUAUGGUUUGGAUGAGGACUGCAGCCUUACCAUAAUUUAGAAAAUUAUGGGGGAAAAUAGAUUAAGAUUUAGAAGCUGGUAUUUAUGAAGUUCAAAUAAAAAAUAGUAUGAAAUAUUUUAAUCCUAGCUUAUAAUGUUUCUUCCUUUAAUGGUAAAAAAUAUAUUGUCUUUUCUACCACUAAUGCUUUCGGAGGAAAAAAUGAAUUUUUAUCUAUUGCAUAUAUUUGCGUAGGAGUAGUGUGUUGUGUAGUGACUUUAGGAUUUUUAAUUAGGAAAUUUUUAUCAAAGGCUGAUUAAAAAAAAAAUAGAUGAA